CAUGGGAAGAUAAAUGCGCCCUUCUUGUCCUAGCGAGCCACUUCAUGCUUCUCAAGGCUAAGCCAUGGGUAGAGAGUAGGCAUUAAGACUAACCUGACAUUGACCGAAGAGGCUUUUAAAUAACAAUCUAAAACAAGGUUCAAUCAUGUGACCUUCCUCCUCACAAAGAGGCCGUGCUGGACUUUGUGUAACACACUUGUUGGAAGAUUUGUUGUCUAGUGAUAAGGCGCUCUUGUUAUCUGCCUGGUCAUAAGGUUAUGAGCACUGUAACCCAUGUUAAGCCACUGGAUCUUUUAUAUUGUUUUUAUUAUCAGGAGCAGCGUGGUUGUGAUUGUGAAAAUUGCUUUGUUUAAUUCUACACUGUGUCAAAUACAGAGAAAAUACAGAGGGAGAUUUCUCUCUUGGAUUCUUUCCAGACUUUUUUUCUUCUCUUUCACAAGCAUAAACAGAAUCAAUUAAUUAAUCUUGGCAGAUGUAAGUAGACUAGAGGCACAUUUUGUAAUACCACUUUCUUGUUAACAGGCGCUUGUUUCCAGUAGCAACCACAACAAAAGCAUUUUGGAUGUACUGGUACCCAACUGAGGUUCUCGUGUGGCCCAAUCUGAGAGCACAAGAGCAGAACAACGACACAGAGCCCCUGGGACCUUGUGACAGACAUCCAAAGUAUUCAGCGGCAUGGAACACAUCACCGGGAUAGUGAAGAGGUUUUGCUGACUCCUCCCUGGCUGUGCGUCUAUGCUCAAAAGGUUGGCUUGUCACAGAAACACAGAAAGGAAUUUCAUCUGGAUCCCUGUGUGAUGGUAUUUCUAACAUACGGUGCUUCAGUUUGUUAAAGUUAAAAGAAGAAAUAUCAGGUCCCUCUUUAGGAAUUAGGGCUCUUCAUCUAUGGCACAACAAUCAAUAAGACAUUUUCAGUAGUCAUCAACAACCACACAAGGGGUGCCUACUAUUGAACAUGACUCAUGGGGAAGAACCUGGCCCUAAGACACACCAGGAUUCUGCUGUUUUAACGUAUCUGGAAGGUUUACUAAUGCAUCCGGUUGCAUCUGGGCCUGGUGCCACGGCAACAAGGAGACCGGAGGCUGCCAGCAACAAUGGCGAGGCAGGAAAUCAAGGGACCAGAGGCAUUCAGCUACCCAAUCACGGCUCUACCCCACCAGAAAAAGGAAGCCCUCCCGGAGCGGCUUCCCAGCACCUUAAAAAGGCCAGACUGUUGCGUUCAGGAACCUGGAGUGAGAUAGACUACCAGAAAAAAGACACUGCUGCAGUGCAUGUGAAUGGACAGGGCAAAGAGCACCAUAAAAUAAGUCUGGAUAAUUCUGCACAGGGAGAGAGCACGCUGCUGGCCUCUCUGCUCCAGUCCUUCAGCUCACGACUGCAGACGGUAGCCAUGUCACAGAGCAUCACUCAGAGCCAGAAACAGCUAAAUGGAGAGAGCAACGACAGAUCACCUAAUGACAAGGACACCUUACAGGGCUACUGUACAGCCUCCAGCCGCCUCAAAGGCCUGAUAAGGAAAAACAAACAGCAGAGCCACAACACUGUGCCUUACAGUCGGCACAGCAGCCAAGAUCGACGCUCAGAGUCUCCUCGUUCGUCACAGAGCUCAGUGCCUGACAGAGUAUCCUGUGCAGAGAGAUUGAAGGCUGUGGCCAGUCUAGUAAAGAGCAGGUCCAGUCCUGCUCCUUCUCCUAAACCCAGUGUGGCCUGCAGUCAGUUAGCUUUGCUGCUCUCCAGUGAAGCCCAUCUGCAGCAAUAUUCCCAAGAACAGGCCUUAAAAGCACAACUAUGUGGCCGAUCAGCCAGCGAGAGACUGGCAGCCAUGGCUACGCAGCAAACUAAAGACAAUAGACCACCCAGCAUGGGAGAGUCUGUAUUUGCUCCAGACAUGUUAAGCCCUUUUAAUACCCUAAACGGAACACUCCCCUCACCAACAUUAAAUUCCAGCCAGAGAAGCCCUUCUUUGAGCCUAGGCCAAAGUGCACCCACCAGCUCCCCUCGGCCCUCUCCUUACACCCCUAAAGAAAAGCGUCCAUUUGACAGGCACAGCAGCCGGCCCCCACAGAACUGCAGCAGCUUGCUUCUGCUCCUCCUCAACAACCACAACUCUCAAAAGCAUCUUACUAAGAAUGGCCACCUGGAAGAUGACUUCAACGCUCCUCCUAGCCAAGCCUCCUCUCAUCAGUCUGACAGUGAGUACUCCAACCCGGAAAACAGCUUGACCAAAGACAGUAGUGACGCAGAAAGCUGCUACUCCAGCUGCUCCCCUAUUGACCUCUCCAUGAGGAGCCGAGUUUCCAGCCAAAAGUCAGAGCCCCCCUCCUCGGCUUCGUCUUUAGACAAGCUCACAGAGACUCUUAUAAGCAAGUGGAAGUCAGAGACUCUCGGGGCAAAGGUCGCUGAAGCCAGGGAGUUGGAAAUGAGCCCAGACAUGACAUCCCAUCAUAAGGUUACCCUCAUGCAGUUACUGUUGGAUCGCAGAAAUAAUGAGAUGGUAAACAAAAUUGCACAUCAUUCUGAUUUGCAGGAUGACGCCACCCUUCGAAACAUGACUGGAAGCCCACUUAAACGGCUUGGGACGCUGGAGGAGAGCAGAACACAGAACCCUUUUGACCGGCUGAUGGGCGGAGGUCUGUCCACAUCCUCCCUCAGCGGAGAUGCAAGCAAGACUCCUUCUCCUUACGCUUAUUCUUCACCCCUUGUUCAGUCCAGUCCUCUGGACCUCUGUAAGUCUAAACAGCACACCAGUGAAAAGAUAGUGGAGCCUGCUUUCACAGCCAGUAAGCUAUUACAAAAUCUGGCUCAGUGUGGUUUGCAGAAUGUAUCCCCCUCACCCCCUCUGCAAGCCUGUAGGCCACCGAGCAAAAGGCAAAGCCCGGAGCCUGAGCUGGACAGAUCUCAGACUCUUUUGGACAGGGUUGCUGCUCCAAUAAAAAGGAAUCAAACCCCUUUAUUUGAACCACCCCCUGCCACUUUCUCACCCUUUUCUGGACGAGAGCGCUCACCUCCGGCAUCGACACAAAUUGAAAACCUCCUGGAGAGACGGACCGUACUGCAGCUGCUGCUUGGCACAGCUUCCCACAAGGAGAAAUCCACUGGGAGGAGAAGCACAGAGGUGGCUAUGGGUGUCCAUGAAAAGCCUCCAGGGUCAUAUUUUCUGUGUGACAGCUCAAAUGGACCUCCAUUGAAUGUCAUGGUCAAAACAGAGCCAAGAGACGAGAGUCUUCUUUCAGACAGCUCUGAUGAUGCCGGACGCCAUUGGAGAUUGGGGCAUGAAAGUCACAGCCCCAUCACUGAAGCACAGAGCAAUGUUAAAGAAGAAGCUAAACAUGGACUUCUCAGCCAGCUCUUGAAACAGAAGACUACUACCUAUCAUUCGAGUCCACGCACAGAGCAGAUUGUGAGCACAGUGAAAGAGGAGCAACAUGAUUAUCAGGUGCCUCUCCCUAAAAAGAGGAAACUUUGCUUGGAGUUGGCUGAACACCUCAGUAAAGAACUUUGCCAGAGACCGUUGGAUACUGUGAGUGAGUGUCUGGUGUCUGGAACACCUGAGGCCCACAAUAGCAGAAGGCUGCCAAGCCCAAAAGAAGAGGACUUGUUCAUCAAGAGUCCUGCGAGUAAAGCUCCCAUGAGAGACAGCCAAAGCUUCAAUGUUUUGAAGCAGCUCCUUUUGUCAGACAACUGUCUAAAGGAGAUAUCUCAGCCCCAGGGGAUCCCUAGUCCUUCAGUCCUCCCUCAGGCAAACUGCAAAGCCAACGGGAACUUCAGUCAGUCCAGUUACAAUCAUGAACUUGUGAACUUUCCACAGUUUCCCCAGACUCUUAACUCAGGGCCUGGUUGUUUUAACCCACUCACUUCCUCACCAGGAAACAGCAUUCAGGGAUCCUCUUGGGAUAAGGGCUCCUCCCCCAGACCCAGUCUCAAAUCUGAGAAGAAAGAAACAGAAAGCUCACCAAGGUGGACACUUGCUGGGGAGGAUAAAUGUGAAUCCAGUCCUGAUUCUCCACCUCUAAUGAGGUCUAAUCCUAUACUGUACUAUAUGCUCCAGAGGAGGAACAGUCAGCUUAGAAAAGAGGUGGAGGAUCAUGCGCAGAGGACGCACUGCGGGGUUACCGUGAAAGUAGAGCCAUGUGCCGAUGAUCGGUACAGUGACACCAGACUAAGUACGAUUUCUCAAGUUCAGAUACAGAGACAAGGCAACAGAGGCGAAAACCUUAGUGGGCUGUUAGAAAAACCAUAGAUCCGAACUGCCAAAGAAUGAGAAUGACACAUUUUGAGAAAUGAGUGUGAGUUUUGUUUUUGUUUUGUAACAAAGAGCAAACUAUAUAACGCUGACCACUAUUUCUUUCACUUUAAUGAAUGCCGCAGUAACGGCAACAUUACACAUUACAGACUGAGUGUGUUACGUUUACGCAAUUUGAUGUACCACAUUUCUUUUCAAUGCAUACGUCAUUUUUCCGAAGUUUGUACAGGUUCUAUUUUAGUCCAAUUCUUUUUUCUUUUUACAUUUUAAAACAUUUAUAAAAAGAACAUCCUAGUUCAUAUAUAUUCGAUGGCUCCAGAAACAUUACAGCUACAUUUAAUUUUAUAUUUAUUUCCGCAGACGUCCCUAUUUUCCAAAGCACAAUGUUAUAUUAGAUGCAUGUGUGCCAUCCGAGCAUAACGUCUUCAUAAUAAAGGACAAUAAAAAUAAGUGAACUUUAUGAAUGAUCAGGUACGUCUCAUGUUGUUCUAACUGAAUGAUUGUGCCACAAACUCUAUCCCAGUAGGAAGGACGGUGACAAUAUCACACACACACACACACACACACACACGUUGUGUUACAAUGCUUUAAUUUUUACAUCAGGAAUGAAUCUGUAGGUGUUCUUGGGUGUUUGGCAUGAAUAAAGAAAACUCAUAUUUUUUAGCUGUCAAAAUAUCUUUUUACGGUUUUGUAUUGUUCAUUGUUUUGUACUUUAUAUACACUUAUAUGUAGCAGUUCACAGACUUGUGGUGUCAAAUCUGAAAAUUUUACCCCAAAGAUGUGAGAACAUGUUUAUGAACUGAGAGAUUUCUUUUUCACACACACACACACACACAUAUAUAUAUAUACAUACAUACACACAUAUAUAUAUAUAUAUAUAUAUAUAUAUAUAUAUAUAUAUAUAAAACGUGAAGGAUAGCAUGUGAAGCUGAGAGUCUGCUUUGAAAGCUGUGAAAGAAAGUUUGAUCCAUCGUCCAAUUAAAUAUGAACUAAAAAACAAUCGCCAUACGAUCUAUUUUAUUCCUUCAUCUAUAUGUAGAUACAUUUGGAUUUGAUAAAUUUGUGUAAAUAGUGCUUUCAUGAUGAAAUAUUACUAUUUUGUAUUGUUGAAAAAGCCCUAGUUUUUAUCGUCUUGGAUUGUAAAUAUAAUAUCUGUCAAUAAUGUACAUAAAACUACAGAAAAUGAGAUUUUUUGCAUGUCUCUAUGUUGUGAGCUAGCGAUAAUCUUUCGACCUUUGUUCUGCAAGCUGUCGUGUUAUGUCUGAUCUCUACACUGCUGCCUGUUGCAUGCACAUGCAUGGGAAGCACCUGCGUAUCAGUACCUGGAAUGGGAAAUGUCAAGUCUUAAACAAAUUUUUUAUUGUUAUUUUUUUUUUUAUCACGAAUAGAUGGUUAUUUAAAACAUAGAAUUUGAUGAGACAAACAUACAUUGGUUUGUAUUUUUAUUUUUCUUUGUGUGGAUUCCUGUUCUGUUACUCUUUAAAACAUUUCUCUAAGUUGGAUUGACGUCAUGCUGUGCAUUUGAGAAAUGCAUUUGUAGCAAAAAAAAAAAAAAAAUCCGUUUCAUAUAUGAUUCUCUUGUGACAACCAUGAUGUUUUACAUUUUUUAUUACUUUCUGGUGUUUAUUUGCACUGAUAUAAAUAAAUAUUGAAAUGCACAAGA